UCUAAAUACCAUCCUAUUUUCAUUUUAUUUUCAUACUUUAACAAUAUUUUCUACACUUCACCGGGGGUAGACGCUCACCGCACUGACGCACAAAACAAGUUACAUAAAAACUAACUCAACAAAACAUCAUAAAUAGACAUGUGGCCGAUAGUUAUUACGUGGAUGAAUCGCCUCCUUAUCAUUGGGAUAAUCGUAAUUUAUAUUGUUAUGGAUAUAUUAACUACCACGUACAUCGUCGACUUUGAGGCCAACACUCAAAUAGCAAAAAGAACGGUACAUAUUUUAUGGCUUGUCUUCCUCUUGGCUCUGAGCUUUAAAGUCAAAGUAAUUUAUACAGGAUUCGCAACCUUCAAGGACAUUGCUGGGCAACUGCGAGUGUUUGGUACGGUGUAUCUUUUGAUAGGACCUGCGAUGCUUGCUGACCCGGUACUUUAUCGUAUAAAAAAUGGGGGUAUUGAAACUGAUACUUUGAGAGAGAUAUAUAGACACAAAAUUGACCAGAAGAUACUCGGUGACGCAUAUAUUGCAUUGGGUGGAAUAUUGCUAGCAUCUGGGUACUUGCAGCUUGUUGCUGGCUUUUUGUAUAUGGGCAAACUGAUAACGGCAUAAUAAAAAAGCGGACAUUCAUUGUUGUUGCAGCUCAGCGCUUUCUCUCACUUUUUUGUACAUAUGCAUUCCAAU